AUCCGCUCCUCUGAGAGCCGUGUGACUCCGGUGAUGUGUUAACAGAGAUCAGAUGGAUUAGUAUCAUCUCUCUGGAUUCCCGUCAUGAGAAUAUGAUGACUUUCAGAAAGCCUCUCUCUCAUAAACACUUGAGCGGCUACAUGCGCGUCAGGAGCCGCAGGGGAAACUGGCUCGCGGUGGUUCUGCUCCGAGUAUCUCGCCGGGAUCUGUUCUACUGUCUCACCGCUCUCCUCAUAUUCUGCCUGGGCUCUGUGUUCUAUCAGUUAAACGGAGGAGCACCAAAAGUCCUGCUGGAUGUGGGUUAUUAUCUCGGGAGAUUUGCUGAUGGCCAUGGAUCUUUAGCACCCAGAGCUCUACCUUUCCCAAGUCAGGUUGUGUAUAACAGGGUGGGUAAGUGUGGCAGUCGCACUAUAGUUCAGUUGCUGCGCAUGCUGGUGGACAGACAUCGGUUCACUCUCAUCUCCUCUGAUAUUCACAACAAGACCAGACUCACCAAACGUGAACAGAGACGCGGUGUGUCUCUGAGUAUAGCUACAGCAUUAUCAGUGUGCCAUGUUCCCGCUGGUCAUGGCAGCGUGCCCCCCUCCAGCAUCCGCAGCGUGCCAACAGAUGUCUGUGAGCGUGCCCGCUUCUCCACCCUGCCUGCCAACCCUGCGUUCAGCGCCAGCCCUCUGCCCAGAGCUGAAAUCAAGUAA